CCCGUUGAAUUAUAUACCCGCCAUUCUUCGCGCCGGCGGCAGGCAUGUGGGAAGUUGGAACGGUAAGUGGCCGGCGAUUCAUGAUCGGCUUGUGGGUUCUAAACUUCCGAUGAUCUGAUUGAUUCCCGUACUCUGUUUUGGUUCUCCCUUUUGUUUUUCCAUUGAUGGGUUGUGAUCGGAACUGGGGAAAGGUGCCUGCUUUCCGACUUGGGCAACGUUUGGUUGUUGGGAAUCUUACUACGGGUCAACGGCGGGUGGACGAAGCCGUUGUUCUUCUCGUGGGUUGGAUCGGAUUACAAGUUGAUCAGAUUAUGCGUUGAUCGGAUUACAGGUCAAUCAGUUUCGGGUUGGAUCGGAUUACGAGUUGAUCAGAUUAUGCGUUGAUCGGAUUACUGGUCAAUCGAUUUCGGGUUACGGACGAGCAUUGGGUUGUUGACUUUUGAUCAAAUCGGGUUACAAAUGGGUUGUGGCUCGGGUGGGUUGGACAGGUUAGUCGGGACGGGUUCAAUUUUCACCGCUCUACAUUUUUUUCACCUAACCAUUGCGGGUGGUCUAAGUUUCUGGCCCGCGAAAAACUAACUAUCCAGUCCGACGAGGAGAAGGCAACGGGUAGCAACGGUAUAUGUGCCUACUUAAAUGGAUUGGGGGCUUCGUUUCGUUCCUAUCCAUCGACUCUCUCUCUCGGGUCCUCUGUCACCUCCGGCGCCGUGUUUUCUCUUUCAAUCCGACCGUUUUCUGCAGUCUACAUAUGGCUAAGCUCUCUCGGGUGACUGGAAACUGCAUUUCGGAUUGGGAUCUGCCGCUAAGCUCACUCCUCCCCUGUUCUGCCCCCAGAAAAAGGCGCCGGAUCUGUGCAGAGGAGAACCCUCCUCCUCCACAGAUUAGCAAACUGGGAGACGAUCUCCUCGUAGAGAUUCUGAUUCGCCUCCCUGACCCUAAAUCCGCCGGACGGAGCAAGGCCGUCUGCAAGCUGUGGAGCACGCUCAUCUCCGACCCCGGCUUCGAUCGCCGGUUCUUAUCUCACCACCGGAGCAGGAACGAACGAGGCCCACCUCCGCCGCUUCUUUUCUCAGACGACCCUCACUCCAUCCUCAGCUUCCUCCCCGUGCCCGAUGAAGAUCGACGGGAUCUCGUAGUUUGGGAUUCCUUCAAGGACCUGCUUCUGUGCGGCUUUGAAGACAGCAUUGAUGCCGAGCCUGAAAGGUCCUUCUUUAUCUGCAAUCCGUUCACCAAGCAGUGGAUCGCCCUUCCUCUCGCGCCCAGAAAUGGGGACACAUACGUGGUGCUUGGAGACAGAAAGACAUUGGCGGCAAGGUUAGUUUGUGAACCCCGCGGUAGCAGUAUUAGCAACAAUCAUAAUCUUGCACAUCAGCUAGGAGGUGAACCAUUAGCAGAAACUACUGCCUUUGUUUAUUCCGAGUAUCAGUUUCGUGUGGUGUGUAUGUAUGAAUCGCGGUCGGGCACAGCGAUGGACGUGUUUAGCUCAGAGUCUGGGAGAUGGAAGAAACAGGCUCUUGUACUAUAUGAUCACCGGAGAUUGUUUGAUUUCCGUGUUGUCUCGUGGAACAGCGAGCUGUUUUGGGUGUAUUAUCCAGCCGGUGAUCCCCGGAGCUUAGAGGUUGUUGCAUUUAAUCCUUUCCGCCUCAAUACACCGCCCACGCCCACAUCUUUGAAUGUACCUUCUGAACUGUUGACGGGAUUGGAGGAGGGAAGUGGGAAUCUUUCGAUCUCACAAGGAACUGCGCACAUAAUUCUACUUGGAGUUGAAGGCCCUGGCAGUCGUUGCUCGAGGGGUGCUUUGAGUGUUUGGAGACUGGAAGAAGGUGGCAAGUCUUGGAGCAAACUAUAUGAAAUGGCAUUGAGGAACCCGACAUUGUCUUCGUCGCCUUAUAUAUGUAAGUACUGUCAGGUACUCGAUCUGCAUCCAGAGAAGCCGGAAAUUGUGUUCUUAGCAUAUUUGAAGUAUCCCGAUACGGGUAUAUUGUCCUGCAAUUUGAGGACGGGAGAAGUAGAGAUGCUUGCUGAACCAAUGACAUGUUAUUUACACAAUUGGAGGGUGUUCCAGCCUAGAGUGUCCUGCUGGCCUACUCCAAUUCCAAGGUACGAGAAAUUACGGGGUUACAAUGGAAGCAAAGGAACUCUUGGGCAUUGUUUUAAGAAGCAGAAGAAAAUUCUUAGGUAUUGUGGUAUUGGUUAAUCAUGUAUAAUUAUUAUAUUUUCUUUCUUGCCUGUUGCCUAAAAAAUGGCUUCUGUUAUUUGUUUGCUGCUAAGAUUAUAACUGGUUUCCCUUGCGUUUUCAAAAGCUUCUUAUCGAACCGUCUUCUUUUUCAAUCCGUGUUGGUUGUAAAUUGUGGUGUUUGCAAUGUGAUGAUGAUUGGAGCUCUUUUGGCAACCAGAUUUUGUGUCGUAAAGGCUAAAUAUCCUAAAUACAACUAGCCAUAUCAUCAGUAAAUUGUGUUGUAAACGCUGAAAGAAGUAAUAGUCACAUAGAGAACUUACACGACCACACCAUAACCACGUGGUUCAUUAGUUUGACCAACCUCCGCUGUAUCCGCUCUUUAUCCUUUUGUUGGAAAACUUCAGUCAGAAAAUUGCAAUAGGAGCACCACCCUAGUUCUUAUAUGGAUCAUCAAAAUUGCAGAACCCAAGAUGGGUCUUUGUAAAUGAAACAAAUGAGAAAAUGUCUCAAUCUCUUGUCUCUGAGUUGUUUGAUGGUACCAAUUAUACAAUGUGGAGUAGAGGAAGUAGUGUACAUGAAAUAUCUCUCGCAGUCUUAGCACCUUCCGCUGCUCAAGGCAAUACUGACAUCCAUAUUGUCAAACUAAUGGUAUUGGCAGAUUGGUUAUGAGUUAGAUCGGAUUACAAGUUGAUCAGAUUAAGUGUUGAUCGGAUUACAGGUCAAUCGAUUUCGGGUUACGGGCGGGCAUUGGGUUGUUGACUUUUGGUCAAAUCGGGUUAUAAAUGGGUUGUGGCUCAGGUGGGUUGGACAGGUUAGUCGGGUCGGGUUCAAUUCUGACAUCUCUACAUUUUUCUCACCUAACCAUAGUGGGUGGACGAAGCCGUUGUUCUUCUCAUGGGUUCAAUUCUGACAUCCAUAUUGUCAAACUAAUGGUAUUGGCAGAUUGGUUAUGAAUUAGAUCGGAUUACGAGUUGAUCAGAUUAAGCGUUGAUCGGAUUACAGGUCAAUCGAUUUCGGGUUACGGGCGGGCAUUGGGUUGUUGACUUUUGGUCAAAUCGGGUUAUAAAUGGGUUGUGGCUCA